CUUAAUUAUCUAUUCUUCAUCUAUUUAUACAAAAAAGACGAAUCUAAUUUUUCAAAAAUGGUUGGAACUCCAGUAUUUCUUAAUGUAUACGACAUGUAUUGGUUAAAUGAUUAUGCUUUUGGGUUAGGCGUUGGUGUUUUUCAUAGUGGAAUUGAAGUUCAUAAUAUUGAAUAUUCCUAUGGAGGCCAUCCCUUCCCCCUGUCCGGAAUAUUUGAAAAUUCUCCAAAAGAUCCAGACGAACUUGGAGAUAAUUUUAAAUUCAGAGAAAGUAUUCAUCUAGGAGAAACAGAUUUUUCUCCCGAAGACGUGCAGAAAAUUAUUCGACAAAUGGGGAAUGAAUAUCAAGGGGAUAAAUACCAUUUGAUUUCGAAGAAUUGUAAUCACUUUAGUAAUCAGCUUAGCAAAACACUUACCGGAAAAGAAUUACCUUCAUGGAUCAACAGAUUAGCAAAUAUUUCAGGUUCAUUCCCCUUUAUCGAGCGCUGGAUACCUGCGGAGUGGCUAACCCCAAUAGCUUUACAACAAAAAUUAAAUACUAGUCGAAAUGGAAGUUUGUCAACUAGCACUGCAAAUAAUAAUUCAACUAACCCUCCUCCUCAACGUGUAGUUUCUCAAACCACAAUUAAUAAUACUAGAUUGAGGACUAAUAGUGAAGAUGCUAAUGGUGGUGGUGAAAAACUUUCUAAUACAAAAUCUACUACUACACAAGCAUCAAGAUGGGGUUGGUUCCAACGUAAAAAUCCAACAGAAAAUAAUAACAAUACUUCUUCUUCCGCCCCUGUUACAGCGAGACAAACAAAUAAUUCGAAUAAUCAACAAGCUGGACUUUCGCGUUUUUGGGGUUCAUUAAAAUCGAAAGAAAAUGGAACUUCUACCUCCACCCCUUCAAAUUCCCAACAAGACUGA